AAGACGUCCAUGUCUAUGGGUUGGACGUACAGCUAAUCUGCAGUGCAGUCUGGGAGCUGUCAAUCCUUUGGCUUUGUAUCUUUGGCACUGGAAGCUACUGAUGCGCUCAUCACUCUUUCUUUAUACACUGAGGGACAACACUCCGAGAAGUAAUACUAUGGAGAGUAGAAUUACAUAUUGUCUGCUUCUAAAGCCUUCUUGUUAAGGGACCUGACUUGUAUGAACGGGUGACAUCGGAGCCGGGCCCUGCAUCUCUAACGUUAUCAUUUAAAACAACCUGCUAACGUUACUAACGUUAGCUAGCUGGUCAUAUUAUUGACGUUGUCAUCCGUUUUUACUCCGCAAACCAGACACAUGAUUGAAUGACAGUUGCUGGUCUAUAUCCUAUAACGGUGUGAUGUACUUAUGCAUGCCUGGUGUUUCACGUUAGCAUAACAACCACCCAGGAGAAUGAAUGCAGAGGAAGUGGAGCUGCUCAGUGACUCCAAGUACAGGAACUAUGUGGCAGCAGUGGACAAAGCCCUCAAGAACUUUGAGUACUCGAGUGAGUGGGCAGACCUCAUCUCCGCACUGGGCAAACUCAACAAGGUUCUGCAGAACAAUGCAAAAUACCAAGUGGUUCCCAAGAAGCUGACAAUAGGCAAAAGGCUGGCCCAAUGCCUCCACCCCGCCCUGCCCAGCGGGGUCCACCGCAAGGCCUUGGAGACGUACGAGAUCAUCUUCAAGAUCAUUGGACCCAAGAGGCUGGCCAAAGACCUCUUUCUUUACAGCUCUGGGCUCUUCCCUUUACUUUCCAAUGCCGCGAUGUCUGUGAAGCCUGUGCUGCUGGGGCUCUAUGAGACCUACUACCUGCCCCUGGGAAAGACUCUGAAACCAGGCCUACAGGGACUACUGACCGGGGUACUGCCUGGUCUGGAGGAGGGCUCUGAGUAUUACGACAGAACCAACACCCUGUUGGAGAAGGUGGCUGCAGCCGUGGAGCAGUCGGCCUUCUACAGUGCCUUGUGGGGCAGCAUCCUGACCAGCCCAGCUGUGCGUCUCCCUGGGGUGACCUUUGUUCUGCUGCACCUCAAUCGCAAGCUCUCGAUGGAGGACCAGCUCUAUGUCAUGGGCAGUGACAUUGAGCUCAUGGUGGAGGCGGUCAGUACCUCAGUCCAGGACUCCAGUGUGUUGGUACAGAGGAGCACCCUGGACCUGAUCCUCUUCUGCUUCCCCUUCCAUAUGAGCCAGGCGACUCGCCCUGACAUGAUCCGGAUCCUGUCAGCAGCUUUGCAUGUGGUUUUGAGAAGAGACAUGUCCCUCAACCGAAGACUCUACGCCUGGCUGCUGGGCUUUGACAACAACGGGGUGGUGAUAGGCCCCCGCAGCACUCGGCAGAGCAACCCAGAGGAGCACGCCAGCCACUACUUCAACACUUUCUCUAAAGACAUGCUAGUCCAGGCAAUGGUGGGAAUCUUGCAGGGCAAGGCCCGAGGCGGGGAAGAGGAGAGUAUCCUCAUGCACGACCUCAAGCCAUUUCGCAUCCUCAUCAGUCUACUCGACAAACCGGAACUUGGUCCAGCAAUCCUCGAGGAUGUUCUGAUCGAGGUGUUUCGCACUCUACACACACAGUGCCGAACAGAGUUGGACCUCCAAAACCAGAGCCCAUUCAGUAGAGACCACACACACCUCAGCAGUAAACUACGAGAGAACAAGAAGACGGCAGAACUGAUUAAAACAGCCAAUCUCCUGUUCAACUCGUUUGAGCCGUACUACAUGUGGGACUACAUUGCUCGUUGGUUUGAGGAGUGCUGCAGGAGGACAGGGAACAGCAGCACACGUGCACCACGGCAUGCUGGGAGCUUAGACCAUCCAGGGCUCUCAUUGGUGGAGUUCUGUCAGCUGGUCGAUUUCCUGCUCGAUAUUGUUUCGCUGCCUACUAGAAGCAUGAGGGUAAUCUGCCAGGAGACCUACAUAGAGAUCCAGACAGAGCAUCUUCCUCAGCUGCUGUUGCGCAUGGUGGCGGCUCUGACCUGUCACCUGCAGGCCCUGGGGCUCGGGGAGCUCACCCACUGCCUUCGUCUCUGCUCCAAGAUCCUCAGCAAAGUGCAGCCCCCGCUGGUGUCCCCUCUGGCCCUGCCACCGGGCCCCCAGGCUCAGGGCCGCUCCAACUCCAACGGCAAUCGCUCAAACCCAGCAAGGGACAAGGAGGACAAAUGGCAGGCUUUGCCUGCUACUCUGGAGCUACCUGGCGGUGGGGAGGUGUUUGAGGAUGGGGAAAACCCUCCAAGCAGUCGCUCCUCAGAAAGUGGCUUUACAGACUUCGUCCAGUACCAGGGAGAUGGCCCGGACGACUCUGAGCAAACCCCUCAUCCCCUUCCAGCGGUCAAAUCAGGCCACCGCUCCUCAGGCCCAUCUCAGACCAAGCCUCUGGACAAACCAGUCAUGCAGUGCUGCUUAGAGCAUUUCCAGCAGUUUCUCUCCCGACUUAUCACCUUGUACAUUAUCCCUGGGCAAGUGGACAAAGCUGAGGGUGAAAGAGGCGAGGUUAUGCACUUGGGGCCCCUGGUUUCAGAGGGCUCCCAGCACACUGAUUACAUGGAGUCAGGAUCAGGGCUGGUCAAGAAGGAAUGUGUCGCUGCUUUCACUGCUGCCUGUCAGCUCUUCCUAGAAUGCUCCAGUUUCCCUGUCUACAUCGCAGAGGGCAACCUAAAGUCCUCACCCACACAGGAAGAGCAGUUUGACCGUGAGCAGGUCCGUCUGCCAGCGUGGCUGCAGACCCUGAUGGAUGCCUGCUGCCUGGCCAGUGACUUCAGCCUGCAGGGCGUGGCCAUCUCCCUGCUCAUGGAUCUCGUGGGACUCACCCAGUCUGUUGCCAUGGUGACUGCUGAGAGUGUGGCAUCUGGUGAUGGCUCCGAGCCCGCCCAGCCCAUGAGCCCCAGCCAGGGUCGAGUGGCAGUCGUCAUCAGGCCACCACUCACUCAGGGAAUCCUAAAGUACAUCGCUGACAAGACAAACUUCUUCAAGAGUGUGGCUCUGAUCCUAUGGGACCAGUUGAGUGAAGGAACACCUCAGCACCAUCAACGCAGCGUAGAGCUCUUCUACCAGCUCCAUAACCUGGUGCCUUCCUCCAGCAUCUGUGAGGACGUCAUCAGCCAACAACUCAUGCACAGAGACAAGAGAAUUCGGCUGGAGGCCCAUGUGAAGUUCUCUGUGCUGUGGCAUUUAACACGAGAUUUGAACAUCACCAAAUCCUCUCCUUUUAAUCGCACAUUUGACAGAUCUCUUUUCAUCAUGCUCGACAGCCUGAGUUAUUGGGAUCCGUGUACUAGCGCUGUUGGUCGGGCUUGGCUCAGUCAGGUCCUUCAGAGACAUGACAUUGCUCGGGUUUUAGAGCCUCUCCUCCUCCUUCUGCUCCACCCCAAGACCCACCGAGUAUCCAUUCAGAGGGUACAGGCCCAGCGCCACUGGGCCCAGGUCUUCCCUGAACCGUCUGAACAGGGGCCAUCAGAACCCAUUUACACCAGGGACUCUGGCUUCUCAGACAACUUCGGUCAGAUCCAAGGGGAGAGGGUGGUGCAAGAUGAGUUCCGAAGCCUGGUGUUGGGUGACAUGGAGCCGUUCUGUCUGACUGUCAACCCCUUGAGUGACAGUCUGUCCUUACUGAGCCUGAGCAGUGAGAACUUGCAACUAGUUGGUGAAUAUCCGCCUGUUGACCAACAGGGGGAGCUCCAGAGCUCUGAGUCCAGUGGUUCUCAUUCAUCUACAGUGGAAAAUGGCAGCUUCGAGGAACCAGAGGUUGUCAGCAGUCCAGUCAGUGGCUCAGACCAACAGCCUGUUUCCUCAUAUGACGUGACUGAGGACUCUAUAGAGGAGGCUGUGUCCUCGGUUAUAAAAGAGCUGAUAGAUAGGGUUUUGAGUUUAGUAGAUGAGGGAUCUUUUGAAGUCUCAUCUCAGCCUGAAAACUGGCCCCAGACAGACACAGACAGCACUUCCUCAGAUAAUUCCACUAGUCCCCGUUUUGACUCUGGCCCUCCUCCAGGCUCCAACCACCAGACUGUGCCUGAGAUGCUGGCUGGAGGCACGCUGGAGUUCCUCUCUGUUACACGGGCAGAUAUAUCUGCAGAGGAGGAUCACAGAGAGGGGAUCACCCGGCAUAGUUCAUCACCUUCCAUUGUCACGUUACCAGAUAGCUCUGACCUUGCUACCCCCGACCACAACCUGCAGGUGGACGACCCUCAGGCCCGUAAACGUAGCCAUAGCAGCACCCAGCUCAGCCUUAAAGGGAAGAUCAUGGAGAGGCUUGCAGACAAAUCUCCGGGGGCCAAGCCCAAGAUCAAGAGGGCCAAGAGGAAAGAGGAGGAGAGGCAGAGAAAGAUAGCCAUUCAAGCUGAAAAACUGCGGCCACCCAGUAUUUUCUUCGGGGACAGCCUGGAUCUAGAGAACUGGUACAGCUGUGGGGAAGGUGAGGUGUCAGAGAUUGAGAGUGACACCGGCUCCCCCAGUGGGGGCUCUGGGGAGACUGGCGGGGGGGUCAGUGUCACAGGACGCAGAUCGUCCUCUUCCCCACCUCGUUUUAACAUCCAUCCUCUCUACCAGCACGUUCUGCUCUACCUCCAGCUGUACGACUCCUCUCGGGCCCUCCACGCCCUGUCAGCCAUUGCAGCCAUGCUAAGAGCCGCUCCCUCAGGGUUCGUGAGUGCCAUCUCCACCACCAGCAUCAACAACACCUACACUCCACAGCUCUCUUUGCUCCAGAACCUCCUAGCCCGUCACAGGGUCUCUGUCAUGGGCAAAGACUUCUACUGCCCCAUCCCCCAGGACUCCCACUCGCACUCCUUCCGCAGCGCCAUGUACCUGGAGAUCAUCAUCUCGCUCUGUCUCUACUUCCUGAGAAGCUAUUACUCUGCCCACCUGGCAGCAGGCCCUCAGGACUUGGCAGGGAACCGGGCCAUGCAGCUGACCAGCGUGGAGGUCCUAACUCUCCUCUUUAGCGAGCUAGCCAAAGCCACAGGUGGCUCAGCUAAGGGCUUUGCUAGUUUCAUCAGCGACGUCCUCUCUAAAUGCAAAGUUCAGAAAGUGGUUCUCCACUGCCUGCUCUCCUCCAUCUUCAGCGCCCAGAAGUGGCAUGAGCAGCGUGUGGCAGGGGUGAACGUGGCCACUGUGGAGGAAGGUCUGUCCGAGGACAGUGUCAUCAACCUGUCGGAGGACCAGAUAGACAGCUGCAGCGCUGUCCAGUCCCAGCUGCUCAGACUGCUGCAGAGCCUAGUUGUACUUGAGCACAGAGUCCUGGUGCCAGCUGAAGAAGGAGGAGAAGGAGGACCUGUGGGAGGCGGGGCAGGAGGCGUAGGAACGGGAAACGGCCCCGGGGCCGGGUUUGAGAUCCUGGGUGGAGAAGUGGAGCACGUCAACCCUCAGCAGCCAAUGACAUCACUGCAAUACCUCCAUGGACAACCUAUAACGGCGCAGGGUAUGUUCCUGUGUGCGGUGAUCAGGGCGCUGCAUCAGCACCACGCGUGCAAAAUGCAUCCCCAGUGGAUAGGGCUCAUCACGGCCACCCUGCCGUACAUGGGGAGGGUGCUGAGGAGGGUGGUGGCCUCAGUCACUCUGCAGCUCUGCAGGAACUUGGACAAUCUUCUUCAGCAGUACCGCUAUGAGACCGGAAUAACUGACACCAGACCCCAGUGGAUGGCUCUCUGCAUCCCUCCUGACCUGAUUCUGACAGUGCUGGAGGGGGUGACAGCCAUCAUCCAUUACUGCCUGCUGGAUCCCACUUCCCAGUACCACCAGUUGCAAGUGAGUGUUGACCAGAAGCACCUGGCCGAGGCUCGUUCAGGCAUUCUAUCCAUUCUCCACACCAUCAUGUCUUCUGUCACCCUGCUGUGGAGCAUCCUCCACCAGGCUGACAACUCUGACAAGCCAGCUGCUGCUUCCGCUGCCUCUACGUCCAACAUCAACCUGGGCUCCACUAAGAACCUCCGGCAGCAAAUCCUGGAGCUGCUGGGUCCAAUCUCCAUGAACCAUGGUGCUCACUUCAUGGCAGCAAUUGCCUACGUUUGGAAUGAGAGGAAGCAGGUCAAGACUCCAGUCAGAAAUAAGGUGAUUCCUUUAGCCAGCGAAGAGCAGCUGCUGCUGGUUGAGCUGGUUCGCUCAGUGAGUGCCAUGCGCACUGAGACGGUCAUGCAGACGGUCAAAGAGGUCUUGAAGCAGCCACCUGCCAUUGCAAAGGACAAGAAGCACCUCUCCUUGGAGGUCUGCAUGCUGCAGUUCUUCUAUGCCUAUGUCCAGAGGAUCCCUGUGUCCAGUUUAGUUGAUAGCUGGCCAUCUCUGCUGGCACUGCUGAAGGACUCUGUACCGUUAGGCCUGCCUGCCCCCGGACAGUUUCUUAUACUAGGAGUUCUAAAUGAGUUCAUUUUGAAGAAUCCCAAUCUGGAGAGCAAGAAGGACCAACGGGAGUUGCAGGAUGUGACCCAUAAGGUGGUGGAAGCCAUCGGGACAAUAGCAGGCUCGUCUUUGGAGCAAACCACGUGGCUGAGGAGGAACCUGGAGGUGAAGGCCUCUCCUCAGAUAGUUGUGGAUGGAGCCAACCUGGAAGCCGAUGUAGAAGAUUUAAUGCUCACCGUGAUGGAGGCCUCCAGCUUCACUCCAUCUGUGUACAGCGUUCACGCCCUCACACUGUUGGCUGAGGUGCUGGCUCAUCUGUUGGACAUGGUGUUCUACAGUGACGAGAAGGAGAGGGUGAUCCCACUGCUGGUUAAUAUCAUGCACUACGUAGUGCCUUACCUCCGCAACCACAGUGCUCACAACGCCCCCAGCUACCGGGCCUGCAUCCAACUGUUGAGCAGCCUAAGUGGGUACCAGUACACCCGCCGUGCCUGGAAGAAGGAGGCCUUCGACCUCUUCAUGGACCACACCUUCUUCCAGAUGGACUCCUCCUGCGUCAGCCACACAGAAACAGCCCUGGUCAGGGUCACAAAUGACCUGCGGAUGACUGCAGACGCUGGCUCUCCAUCUCUUCUUAUCCUCCUGGACUUGACUGCAGCAUUCGACACUGUGGACCACAACAUCCUCCUCCACCGCCUAAUUUCCACCAUCGGUGUUUCUGACUCUGUCCAUGAGUGGUUCUCAUCCUACCUCACCGGGAGAACUGAGCAUGUCGCCUUGGGAGACGCUAAAUCCCACACAACCCGGCAUGGAAUUUCAUUCCACUGCUAUGCUGAUGAUACUCAACUCUACCUCAAGACAAACCCAACCGCCUCUGCUGCCCUGCCAUCAUCCACUCUGACCACCUGCCUGGAGGAGAUAAAGGCGUGGAUGAAACAAAACUUUCUGCAGCUAAACAGCUCCAAGACAGCCGCCAUUCUAGUCGGCACCCCACACCAGGAACAUUGCCAAACUCCGUCCCACACUCACUCCUGCAGACGCGAAAAGCUUGUCCACGCUUUUGUCUCCUCCAGGCUGGACUACUGCAAUGCACUCCUCACGGGAUCCCUGACAAAAGCCUUCAGAAGUUGCAGGUUGAGUACAAGGGCUCUCCACUCCACCACCAGUGCAUUCAUGGUGAAGCCCCCUCUACCUCAAAGGAACUCCCUCACCCCACAGACCUCAACACGUUUCCCUCCAGCCCGGGUGGCUGUAGCCCAGAGCAGCUCUCUGAGUCUGUUCACCAACAGAGACGCUGAGCUGGAGCAGAGAGCCAUGCUGCUCAAACGCUUGGCUUUCACCAUCUACAGCAGUGAAGUGGACCAGUACCAGAAGUACCUGCCAGACAUACAGGAGCGUCUGGUGGAGAGCCUGCGUCUGCCUCAGGUGCCCAUCCUUCACGCUCAGGUGUUCCUAUUCUUCAGAGUGCUGCUGCUGCGCAUGUCCCCUCAACAUCUCACCUCCCUGUGGCCCACCAUGAUCACUGAACUGGUUCAGGUGUUUCUUCUGAUGGAGCAGGAGCUAACAGCAGAUGAAGACAUAUCAAGGACCUCAGGGCCGUCAGUGGCUGGGUUGGAGACCACUUAUUCUGGUGGCAACGGCUUCUCCACCUCCUACAACAGCCAGCGCUGGCUCAACCUCUAUCUGUCUGCCUGCAAGCUCCUGGACCUGGCUUUGGCCCUGCCUCCUGAGAGCCUGCCUCAGUUCCAGAUGUACCGCUGGGCCUUCAUCCCAGAGGCUUCAGACGACUCAGGAUUGGAAGUGAGACGCCAAGGCACUCACCAGAGAGAGUUUAAACCCUACGUGGUCCGACUGGCCAAGCUGCUGAGGAAACGAGCCAAGAAAAACCCAGAGGAGGACUGCUCCAUCCGAACCCUGUCCUGGGAGCCAGGUCACCUGAUGCUGACCCUCUACGUGAUCCGCAGCAUGGAGCAGCUGCUACCUUUCUUCAACCUGCUCAGCCAGGUCUUCAACAGCAAGGCCAGCAGCCGCACAAGUCCCGCCUACAACCACAACCCAGCAGGCGCCUGCUUCCCCGGCCACAAGGAGGGCCACAAGCUGGAGAGCCAGAAGGUGUUCUGGAGUCGAGCGCGACAGAACAUCGAGGAGAUGGUGGAAAAAGACUUUCUCGAGGGCCUUAUCAAGACAUGAGAACACAGCAAGGGGAGGGAGGGGGAUUAACACACAACUACUGAUCAACACUAGUGAAAAACUCAACUUGUACAUUAAAGAACAAGGGAAUACAAAUGGGGGGGGAUAGU